UGAUGCUGGUGUUGUAUUGGUAGGGAGCACAGUGCCCAGGACCGCAUUGGCUGUUGUGUUUUUUUCAUAAGGGUCCCAAACUACACCGAGAUUUGGAAUAUUACGUUACAGUCCUGCAGGAAAAUGGCGACAGUCAUUCAUAAUCCUCUAAAAUCGCUCGGUGACCAGUUCUACAAGGAGGCUAUCGAACACUGUCGCAGCUACAAUGCCCGUCUCUGUGCCGAACGCAGCGUGCGCAUGCCCUUCCUGGACUCGCAAACGGGUGUGGCGCAGAACAACUGCUACAUCUGGAUGGAAAAGUGCCACCGUCAGCCAGGCCAAGCAGCAGGACAGAUGUAUACCUACCCUGCUCGUUGCUGGAGGAAGAAGAGGCGACUCCACCCUCCUCUGGAUCCCCAGCUCCGCCUGUGUGAGCUCAGACUAGAAGCCGAGCUGGCCCCUAAGCGCGAAGCUCCCCCUGGCGAGGCCACAGCCUUGGAGGCCCUCCUGAGGGGGGACAACCUGGCGGAGAAAAAAAACAGCAUCUGUAAAGAAGAGGAGACGUUGCUGGAGAUACAGAGAGUUCUGGAGGCGGAGGAAAAUGGGGACGGUCUCAAUGAUGAUGAAGACUUUGACCUGGAUACUCCAAAGAGAAAGAACAGAAACAGAGGCAAAAACAGAGGAUCCAGUCGUAGGAGGACAGAGCCUGUUAACAUGGACGACCAGGACAAACCAUACGUCUGUGACAAUAGAUACAAACAAAAGCAUAACUCAAAAAAGGCUGAAGAAGUCUGUGGAAAGCGCUACAAGAACCGGCCUGGCCUGAGCUACCACUACACCCACACUCACCUGGCAGAGGAGGAGGGCGAGGAGGAGAAGGAUACAGAGAUGCCUCCGUCUCCCCCACACAGCUCAGACAACCACAAACCUCAGAAGGCUGCGGAUGGCACCAUCAUCCCCAACGACUACUGUGACUUCUGCCUGGGAGACCAGGACUCCAACAGGAAGACAGGCCAGGCCGAGGAGCUGGUGUCCUGCUCUGACUGUGGACGAUCCGGUCACCCCACGUGUCUGCAGUUCACUGAUAACAUGAUGCAGGCAGUGAGGACGUACCAGUGGCAGUGCAUAGAGUGCAAGUCCUGCAGCCUGUGUGGCACCUCAGAGAACGAUGACCAGCUGCUGUUCUGUGAUGACUGUGACAGAGGAUACCACAUGUACUGCCUGAAGCCUCCGAUGACCCAGCCUCCAGAAGGGAGCUGGAGCUGUCACGUGUGUCUGGAUCUGUUGAAAGACAAGGCCUCAGCCUACGGAGAAGCAUAACUUCCUCGGACACAGUAUAUAUAGCUGUACCUACGCAUUAACUGUUUGACACGUUGGCACACACACUCUCUCAGAUAGAUUCAAACACACACAGAUACACUCGUCCACACACACUCCAGUGCAUUAGCAAGCUCAGGGCAGUUUCCUGUGUAAGGCGUAUACUGUAGCCGAGCAAAGCGGCAUCAACAUGCAAUCUCGACCAUAUGUCGGCCAACAGCAGGUCUGCCGUUCAGUCAUUUCUCUACCUCACCAUUCAGCAGACGGCAAGAAGCCAAAGCAAGAUUGAUAACGACCAAUACUGUGUAGUACAUGUGUGUGAAACCAAAUGUCUGAGCUCCCUGGAUGUUCCCCCUGAUUUACAUUUGUUUGAUAUCAAAGACGUUUGUCGCAGACUUUCUUCUGAAGCUGUUUUCACUCGCCUCCCCUCGCCGCUCGCAGCGGGUUUGACUAAUGUUUGUUUAAAUUUCUCCUCCCGGCUCUGCUCCUCUCCUGUGUUUAGACUUUACGGUGACAUUCCUAUUUCAUAUCUGGACAGACUCAACGUUAGUUAGCCAUCGUUCACAGGUUUUUGUCAAGCUUGGUGAAAUUUAUAUCCUGCAGUGAGAGGAAACGGAGCGAUAAAAGAGUCUCGGCUAUCAUUCCUGUCGGAGCGUGGUGACAUUUUUAAUCCACGUCUGUUUUUUGUAUCCUGGCGGUUGCUAGGAUACCAUGGUGCUCAAUUUGACACUUUACAGAAAUUCUAACAUAGAACGAAAUGCUUAUUUAUUUAUUGUUGAUCACGGUCCAAUGUUACUGUUGAGGAGAUCAUUACUGUAAAUCAGUGGUUCCCAAACUUUUUCUUUCAUGGAGUAUUUAUGCACAACAGACACAAAGUUCACCUAUUAUAUAAACAGUGAACUCAAGAUCAAGAUUCUUAAAGCUUUGGAUUUGACUGACAGGUUGAUGAACCUCAACUAUUCUUUUCUUCCCUGUCAAAGCUAUUAAUCUCGAAGGUGCCUCACAUGUUGUAACCUGCUCCGUACAGCUGGAUCACUAAUCUGAAUCUUGAUCGUCUUGAUAGCAUCAGAGCGCUCGUGUUUCUUUGUUGUUCCCAAAUGACCUUUUUUCACAGCAGACAGUUUGACUUUUCAUAGCAGGAAAGGCACAGGUGGAACUAACAGAAUACCUUUAUUCUGCAAACCUCCGCCUGUCUUAGUUACUGUUGCUAUGUCUGUUAAGGUAUUUCCUAGCUAAUGACUUUUGGUUUUCUUGGCAAGUAGGUAGAGCUGUGGCUGGAGCAGCUACAUGACUCACCCACUCAGUCCAAGAUCAGAUCCCUUCGCCCCUCAAUCCAAAACUGGAAGCCCUGAAGAAAAUGCUAAGCCAGCAUUUAGCUAGCCAUGAAGUAUGAAGUAAAAGAGAGGUUAAGGUAAGGGUCAUGGUGAGGGUUACAUCUCGUUACAUAUCAAGUGAAUCAGGUCUUCAGGUAUAAUGGGAGCAGUUUGUAGGGACGUGGCGUGUGCUCUUCAAACAGAAUGUGUCUGCAGCUAUACAUGUCUCUUUCUUAGCUGGCACUGGAAGAUUUAUCAACUACAGUUAGCUAGCUAAUUAGCGCUAAAUCAGUGAGUUGGUUGAAGAAAAAUAAAAUUGAUCUCCAGGGACUAAUUUUAAACAAGAACCCUGUAAAAGGAAAUGAAAUAUACAUGUGAUGGCUACAUACACAAUACAGCUAAAGUAUCAUGUCCUUGGCUAAAAGGUUCAGCCUCCUCACUAGUUGGUAAAAAGACAUCAAGAAAUAGCCUUCAUGUAUACAGUUCUCCAAGGACGAUGUUUUUCCGCUGGCCAACACAGAGGUUAACAUCGCAUUGGUUCUCUCGUCAAGCUAAUGUUAAAGGGAUAGUGCACCCAAAAAUGAAAAUUCAGCCAUUAUCUACUCACCCAUAUGCCGAGGGAGGCUCAGGUGAAGUUUUAGAGUCCUCACAUCACUUGCGGAGAUCCAAGGGGAGAGGAGGUAGCAACACAACUCCACCUAAUGGAGGCUGACGGCGCCCCAGAUUCAAACGUCCAAAAACACAUAAUUGAAACCACAAAAUAUCUCCAUACUGCUCGUCCGUAGUGAUCCAAGUGUCCUGAAGCCCCGACAUAAAAAGUUGUUUGGAAAAACCUCAUUUGAACUCUGUUUUUAGCCUCAUUGUAGCCUGUAGCUUUAACUGCCUCUCUGGGCACCGCGCUCACGUGUACGCUUGCACGAGACCAGCGAAAGCACGUGAACACACAUGAAUGCGGUGCCCAUGUCUCACGGUCUCGCACAAGCACACACACGUGAGCGCAGUGCACAGAGAGGCAAGUUACAGUGCAUCAGUGCAGGUAAAAAAAACAAACAUUUGGAUGUUACAUUUUUUGCUUCUGUGACCUUUAAAGGAUCAGAAAAUACCUGUGUGCCAACCGACCCUGGUCUCCCCUACUUCAAACUCUUUAAUACUCAUUGUAGCCCUCAUACAUGCACCGUGCACCAUGCACCAUGCACAUGCCUCAAUAUGUCAGCAAAAUCAAAAACUGGAGAGGUCAGCCAUGCCAUAAUGGUUGCUUCAAGGUGAUUGGACAAUAGCUGUUUUAGGGAGGAGUUCAGUGAACAGUUAAUACCGUUAUUAGUUGCACCUGUGUCGGACAUUUCAAAAUAAUCUGCUGUGAAAAGAGUUUUUUACCUUUUGUUUUCUCGUUAUAUGAGUAAUGUGUGCCCCCUGCAAUACCUCCGUGCCCCUCUAGAGGGCCCCACCUCACAGUUUGGGAACCACUGCUGUAAAUGAACCAGGUCAAUGUGUGUUUUAUUAUCAAACCUUGAUUCAUGACUGUUUUAAACUGGCCUGAAGAAGCAGUAUUUACUGGUGAGUCCUGUGUGGAAGUUGGCACAGCUUAUAUCUGAAUUUAUAACAUUUCUUUACUCGGUUAUAACCAGAAUAUAUUCUGGACAACCUGGAUGUUUAUUACCCCAUAAAUGAGAUUAAUAUGUAAAACUGGUUUCUUGUAAAUCUUCAAAGCCCCAUCGGUGUAAUUUAUGUUUCUGUACCGAAAUCUAAUGCUCUAAAAACAAGGUUGGUCAUAAAUAGGAAGAACCACCAAGAAUAAGCCCUCACAGUACACGUGGUGUGCAGGCCUUCACAGGAUAUCACAAUCUGCAUUUGUGUCUUUUUUAUUGUGACUUUGUAUUUGAUAUUGCUUUUCCACAGACAAUCAUGAGCUAGCGUAGAUACAUGAUGUUAAUAAUAUGCAGAGGGUUUUAUUGUGCUUUUCCAUGGCGGGUUCAACAACCCUUUGUGUCUCCCUUUUUAAAACAUGUCUUUGCUGUCAUUCUUAUUUGAUGCCGUCACCUACAGUGAUUUAAAAUGUGUGUUGUGUUUUGUUAAAGUAAACGUUAUGUUUUGUGUUGAAAUAAAGACUUUUUUCAUGUA